AUGACGUCAUGGGUCCUUAGCGUAUUCAGAGAUAGGUCACGCUUCCUCGUGCUCACACUCUACAAAACCAUGGUGAGAAGCAAACUCGAAUACUGCUGCCCGGUGUGGAACCCUGACAAGAUCAGCGAUAUAGAAGCUAUUGAAAGCAUCCAACGUCACUACACUCGUCGAAUCAGUGGCUGCCAGAACCUUGAUUACUGGGAACGCCUGCAGAACCUGAAUCUUCUCUCAUUACAGAGACGCAGAGAACGAUACAUCAUUAUCCAUACAUGGAAGAUGAUGAAUGGAUUAGCUCCGAACGACAUCAACAUGCAGUUCAAGGAAAGCUCCCGGCACGGUGUAAAAGCCACUGUGCCUGCAUUUAACAAAAAGGCACAAUGCUCAAUCUCGAUUAUCGACCCAUUACGAAAACUCUUUUGGAGUAAAAGCAGCCAAACUAUGGAACCCGCUCCCCAAGGAAGUUAA